GUACUUGGAUUUCUUCGCCACACCUCGUCUUUAGUGGGUCCAUGCUUGUCGAACGUCUCUCUGCUUCUCUGCCCGACUACCAAGCAACCAACAGCUCAACCAUGCAGUCCGUCGUCGUUUUCCUAGCCGUCCUCGUCGGGGCAGCCUUCGCCAACCCAAUGAUUCUAUCACCCGACGAUGUCAAGCUGCAGAAUAGAGACAUCUCGGCCACCGAGUACCUGAAAAGGAUGUUCGAGCAGUCCCCGAAGUUGCUCUACAGUCCUAUCGACGUGUCCAGCCAGGGUGAUGUCAUCGACAUGUUACCAGCUCUAGGGCUCAAUGAGGCGUGUCUCAUCGCAGAGCAGGUUAACCUGAGGCAGAUCCUCCUAGAGCUUUCAUCAUCCGUCACAUUGUGCCUGCCCAGUGACGAGGCUGUCCGGAGAUGGAGGGAGGAACUCCCCAACAGGCUGAAGCCAGACCUUGCGUCUCUAAAGCAACUUGUCAAGGCUUGGAUCAUUCCAGGUAUGAUCAGGUCUACAGAUAUCAGCAACAACCAGAAGGUCCAAAGCUUGAAUGGCGCCAAGCUGCGAUUUAACGUCUACGAAGAGGUUAAGAAGAUCGUCACCGUGAAUGGAGCUCGAAUCAUCGACGCCGAUAGGAUGGCAAGCAAUGGACUCAUUCACGUAGUCGGCAAGGUCAUCUAUCCACUUCCAGUCGGUAACGUAAUCGAGACCCUGGGUGAUAACCGAGCUUUCUCCAUCAUUGUCGAUCUCCUGAAACAAGCCGGACUCCAGGAAGAACUUGAAAUUUCCGACCCCAUCUCCGUUCUUGUGCCCACCAACUCUGCCUUUCGCGCCCUUCCAUCUGGUGUUCUUGAUGACCUCAAGAGAGAAAAGUCCAAACUACAAAACCUGCUCAAAUACCACGUGAUCUCUGACGUCAGAUACUCUGCCUCAUUGUCAUCAGGACAGAGGAUCAUGGCCUCUCAGGGAGACGAGAUCUCGGUCAGCAUUGAAAACGGAAAAAUUGUUCUGAACAAGGCCCAAGACCGUUCAGAAGCAAGCCGUGUGAUUCAAGCCGACAUCCCGACCACCAACGGAGUCAUCCACGUCAUUGAUCACGUCCUCAUUCCAUCACAAAAACAUUACAUCCUCGUCUAGGACUUCAUGAUAUAAAUUCGGCCUUGGGCAC